UUCUGUUCUUCUGUUUGUAUCCAUAGAUUUUGUUGUCUCACGUGUACUUGAGUUCUGCAUCAUUUUUGAUCCUGGUUGUGUGUCAAUCCUCCCAGUAACUCCUAAAUCUCUUCCUGGUUCUUCGCUUUAUUUUGCCCAUUUUAUGCGUAGCAUAUACAACAUUGUUGUAUGCUAUAGUGAUAGAUGAUGCAUUGAUCUUCCCCGCAAAAAUGUCAAAUUGUUCUGUGUUACAUUACAAAUUUACAACAGUUUCAGUUGUAACUAUAAAACGCUAGUUCCAUGUCAUACCAUUGCUCUUGCAUUUUCCUCGUUUUAGAGGUCUCAAACCUUCUUUCUACUUUGUUCCCACAAAAUUGAAAGAAAGUAAACUCGUCAUCUUAGAACCUUUAAAUCUUGCACAUUUCACCCCCAAGGCCAAUUUAAAAAUUGGCUUUGAUUAAGUUUCUUCUCAUAGUUGGUAGAAUUCAUCUUCCAAUAUUUUAAGUAUGGUUUCACAAGAUUCGCCGUCAAAUCCUAAUACAAGUAUCUUACACCAGUUCAUCAUUUCAAACUCCAUUGCUAGCCAAAAUCAGUUUGGUGGGGAACAUUUUGAUGCUUAUGCAAAUGGUUUGAGUGGAGGGAGUACAUAUGAUUCACUUGGUUCCACGCCUAGCCUUCAGUGUUUCGGGGAAAGGAUUCCCAGAUCCAUAGAUAUUGUCAAUGCUCCUCAGCUGACUGACGAAUCUGAUGUUAACCACCCUAGACAUCUCAUGGAUCUUCUUGGGGCAUCAAAUGAGGCUAAUUACCACGCCCAGAGGCUGUCACUGUCCCUAGGCACCCGUACACUCGUUUCUCCCGUGGCUGGAAGGCAGAGAACCUUGAAUUCUACUCUCGUGGAUCCUGGAUACAUAAUUUCUGGAGACAAUGCAAGAGAAGCUUGCAAUCCCCGCGGCGACAGCAUAAACAGUAGUUACUCUUUUGGAGGAAGUGUUUUUGCUGCAUCUUCAACUUCGCCAAAUCAUCAAUCCUCUUGCAUCUCCUACGGAACUGAAGCUCUGGUUGUUGCCAUUAGCAAUUCCAAAUAUCUGAGACCUGCUCAGUGGCUUCUGGAUGAAGUGGUUAAGGUUGGAAGCAAGGCCAUUGACUUAAGCAAUGAGAAAUAUGCUAGGAGAUUAUCCAGCAGCAGCAAACGGGGCUCUUUGAAACUUCGCUCUGAAAUAAAUUUGGAGUUUCCUAACAAUGAAGUAUUCACCGAGAAACAUGAACUUCAAGCCAAGCUUUUAAAGCUCAUUGCGUUGCUGGAGGAGGUGGAAAGAAGGUAUGAGCAAUAUUAUCACCAUAUGGAUGAGUUGGUGUCAUCAUUUGAGAUGAUAGCAGGCUUAGGAGCAGGUAAAUCAUACACUGCUCUUGCACUUCAAGCAAUGUCCAGGCAUUUCUGCUGCUUAAGAGAGGCAAUUUUAUCCCAAAUUUAUGUCACAAAGCGAAAGAUAUCAGAAGACAUGCCAAAAAUUAGCUCGGACAUGUCGCAGCUUAGCUUGUUUGAUCAAGAGAAUAGGCACAGCAGAUUGUCUCUACAACAGCUGAGCAUGAUCCAAAGCUCAAGACAAGCAUGGAGACCAAUCAGAGGACUACCAGAAACUUCAGUGGCAAUUCUUCGGUCUUGGCUUUUCGAACAUUUUCUACAUCCCAGUUACCCAAAUGACUCCGAAAAGCUAACAUUGGCAUCACAAACGGGCCUGUCAAAGAAUCAAGUUUCUAAUUGGUUCAUAAAUGCCCGAGUUCGGCUGUGGAAGCCAAUGAUCGAAGAAAUGUACAAGGAGGAGUUUGCGGAGUCUUUUGUUGAAUCCAAUCCAUCAAUAUCCCGUGAAGGUUUUGCAGAUUCUGCUGAGGACUGAAAAGCAGAAAGAUCUAAUUGCGGGCAGUAAAAUGGCAUAAAAGAACAAAUAAUUGAUGUUUGUCAUGCUCUGAAGCCUAGACAUCUUGGAGGCUAUUCAGUCACUGAUCUGGACCAUGUUAUAUAUGUAGGCAGCAUUUCCAGGAAGAAGUUUUGAUGAACAAGACAUGGAGGCCAGUGACAUUUGACAUGAUGGAACAGGAUAAUGCUCCUGGACAAUUGCUGGCUAUGACUGUCAUUUUUGGAAUGCUGAGGAAAAUGCAGACAGAAAGGAUAUCUUAGUCCUGUUGAUAUCCGGAAUUGAUGGAUUAGUCAAUGCACUUGGAUUUCCUCAAAACUCUUCUUGUGAUGUAAAAUCUCUUCUCCAGUACAUGAAAUGACAUGUAUUCCCUUCCUACCUUUUUUGGUCAAAAAUAGUAAA